CGCUUAUUGGUUGCCUAUUUCUAUAAUAAACCUGGGAAAUAAAUCGUAUUCUAAAAAUCAUUCGUUGAAUUGGUGGCGUUCUCGGUCUCUCAAUACUGUUCAAUUUUCUAUACCUACCUAAUCAUCAUGAAUGUGCUGAACGAUCUCGUGAAAAUCGUGAACCAAAUUCGUGGCAAAGAAAAUCUUUUCGGAUAUCAGUCAACAACGGCGAACCAAUUCCAUCUAACUUUUUGUUUCAUGGGAGAAAUCUAUCGAAGUCCUGUCUUUCAUAAACAUACCAAACUUGUCUGGUUUGUAUGGCAACUUUGUGGACUAAUUGUGGCUGUUUCUCAGAUGGUGCUGUGUUUGAUAUACCGAGAUAAAAAGGAUGCUGCCGCGUUGUUAUACAGCAUGUUUGCUUUCAUGUAUGUUUUAUAUACACACAUUGUAAUGCCUUACAUCUCAGUAAUUCGACACAGCAGCAAUUUACACGAUGUGAUUCGAAUAGCCGAUCGUAUUAUCACGAAAAGAAAAGUAAGAACACACGAACCAAGCAAAAAAAUGAAUUUAGGAAAACUACUAGUGCUUAUUUUUUUAUUCAAUUUAGUUACUCUUUCGUUUUAUAUUGUACUUAGUUCACUGAGUGUGAUACUAUUUUAUGAAGAGGAAAAAGUAAAAAACUAUAUCUACUACGACGUUUUUAUUCCUAAACUAGAUAAAUAUGGAUCUUUGUCAUUUUUUCUUAUUUCUAAUAACGUUAUAAAUUUAAUUGCUAUUUCUGUAUUAGUAUGCACUCCCAUGGCACCAUUUAUUUUCGUAUUUCUGUCUGUUAUAUUUCGUAAUGAAAUGCAACAAAUUAUCAAUGACCUCAACUCACUUAGUGCAAAUACUGACAUGACUAUUGAAACUUAUAAAAAUGUUGAACCGAAAUUCAAACACAUUCUUACAAAGUGUACACGCGACUUCCAGGUUGUUUGCAAAAUGUUUGAAUGUUUUCGAGGUUUCUAUGAAGAUAUGGCUGCUAUCAUAUUACCAACUGUGCUUUACGUUGGGGUCACACAUGCUUUUCUCUUUGUAUCGCCCGGUACCUCAACCACGGUCAGGCUGAGAGAAAUAACUGUGUUCUUUGCAACUGUUCAACUGGUGUACAUGUUAUGUUGGACAGGAGAAAUGGUGACUGAAUCGGCACAAGCGGUAUCUUUUGCUGUGUAUUCUACUCCAUGGUAUUGGUCAACAUCAUUCCGUAAAGAUGUUUACAUACUUCUGUGCCAAACUCAAAGACCGAUUACUGUAGUAGCACUAGGAACUUAUCCUCUUUCAUUGGCGACCUUCUUGCGUUUUAUGAAUAUUAUACAAUCAUCUGUGAAUGUUUUAAGACAGAUCACCUCAUAAUGAAAUAUCGUGCCUAAAUAUGUAGAAUUUAGUGACAUGAUUUUGUGUAAGUAUCUGCAUAAUGUUUAAGCUUUAGUUCAAUGUACACAUUAUAUGUAUUAGGCCUAUUAGAUUAGCUGUUUUCAUUUUUAAAAUCAAGUAAGUAUUAUGAUUAUGAGAAAUAGGUAUGUAGGCACCUAGGAAUGCAAAUUUUAUGUUACUUACCUACGUACCUAAAUAAAAUGUUAAGAAAUGUCA